UCGGCGUAAUUCACUCUGUUUUACUCUAUUCGACGGUGUUGUCUGCUGUUUUGACUGUGCGUUUGUUCUGUUGCACUAUCCCAAGAACGGCACCAUUGCACGAGGAGAGCAGCCCAGAUGGACAUCCGUGGAGCCGUGGACGCGGCGGUGCCGACCAACGUCAUCGCUGCCAAGGCCGCCGAGGUCCGCGCCAACAAAGUCAACUGGCAGUCCUAUCUACAAGGCCAAAUGAUCUCAGGGGAGGACUGUGAGUUCAUCAAGAGGUUUGAAAUGGCGCAUUCAGAGGAGAAGCAGGCCAUCCUCACCAAUGAGGGCCACCAGUGUGCCAGGACUUUCCUGAACCUCAUGGCCCACAUCUCCAAGGAGCAGACAGUCCAGUACAUCCUCACACUGAUCGAUGACACAUUGCAGGAGAACCACCAGAGAGUGACUGUCUUCUUUGAUUAUGCCAAGAAGACCAAGAACACGGCCUGGUCAUACUUUCUCCCUAUGCUCAACCGCCAGGACCCUUUCACUGUUCAUAUGGCAGCGAGGAUCAUCGCAAAGCUGGCAGCCUGGGGUCGGGAGCUCAUGGAAGGCAGUGACCUGAACUAUUAUUUCAACUGGAUCAAAACUCAGCUGUGCUCUCAGAAACAGCGAGCUGCAGGCCCAGAGACAGGAAUGGUGUGCCACAGUUAUAGCUCCCAGUAUGCCCAGUGUGUGGCUGGCUGCCUACAGCUCAUGCUGAGGAUCAAUGAGUACCGCUUUUCCUGGGUGGAAGCAGAUGGUGUGAACUCCAUCACAGCUGUGCUCAGCAGCAAGUGUGGAUUCCAGCUGCAGUACCAGAUGAUCUUCUGCCUGUGGCUGCUGGCCUUCAGCCCCCAGAUGUGUGAACAGCUGCGUCGUUACAAUGUAGUGCCGGUGCUGGCCGACAUUCUGCAAGAGUCUGUGAAGGAGAAGGUCACACGUAUCAUCUUGGCCACCUUUAGGAACCUGCUAGAGAAAUCCAGCGAGAGGGAGACAUGUCAGGAGUACGCUUUGGCCAUGAUCCAGUGCAAGGUGCUAAAGCAGCUGGAGAACCUGGAGCAGCAGAAGUAUGAUGAUGAGGACAUCACUGACGAUAUCAAGUUUCUCCUGGAAAGGCUGGGAGAAAGCGUGCAGGACCUCAGCUCCUUUGAUGAGUACAGCUCGGAGCUGAAGUCGGGACGCCUCGAGUGGAGUCCGGUGCACAAAUCUGAGAAGUUCUGGCGAGAGAAUGCGGUGCGACUCAAUGAGAAAAACUACGAACUCUUGAAAAUCCUGACCAGACUACUGGAAGUGUCCGAAGACCCCCAGGUCAUAGCAGUCGCAGCUCAUGACAUUGGAGAGUAUGUGAGACACUACCCACGGGGCAAACGGGUUAUUGAGCAGCUUGGUGGGAAGCAGCUUGUGAUGAACCACAUGCAUCAUGAAGACCAGUUGGUCCGUUACAACGCGCUGCUGGCCGUGCAAAAGCUCAUGGUGCACAACUGGGAGUACCUGGGAAAACAGCUUCAGUCCACGGAGCAGCCGGCUGCUGUCACGGCCAGAAGCUGAGUCCUCUCUCCUCCUUUUUCUCCCUCUCUGUAUCCAUCCCCCUCAAACUGAGUGACCCCAGUGUCCCCAGCACAGCUUGUUCACUCGUUCAUGGUGGUUAGAUGUUAAAAAGCUGUGCUUUUACCCUCUUGAUCAUCACCUGCUGAUCAGUCCUCCCCCAGCUGUCGGACUGGAUGGUGCCACCUGUGCUGUGUAUGUAUUGUGAUUUCGGCCCAUCCCAGUUGGUGGCUGUGUGUUACUGUAACUUAUUGUUUGUGGUUAUUAAAUUGUGCAACUGAAGUCUAAUACAGAUCCUCUAACUGAACAGGGGUUUGUGUUUUUGUUCGCUCUUUGUACAUAACAACAAAAUACACAAUGCAGAAAUGUUUGGUUUUGUGGUUUGGGUUGUCAGUUUGCAUAACGCUGUUCCAGAGAAGGUUGUGUUGUUAAAUGUUGUAUUAUUACCAUGUGUUCCUGGACUUGACAGCAUGUGGAAUAAGAGACUGGCAUCUGUAAAACAGUAGCUGUAUGACACAUUUUUGUUGCUGUUCUGUGCUACUUUCUGGUGUUGCACAAAAAUCCUAAGGUCUGAAAAAUGUUCAUAUCAAUGUGAUAAAGUGGAUGUAUGCAAAUGCAACCUUUGACCCUUAGUCUACAAAUAUAGAUGUAGCUGCUUCCAAUGAAA